AUGGCAGUCGUCAAGGUGUACACAACAUCUCUACAUUCAAGCAGGAUUGAAUUUGAUCACUCCCAGCUCGCUGUCCAACUUUUAUCUGUGAAAGGCAUUCCUUUUGAAGAAAUUGACCUCAAUAGCGCCGGUCCAAUUGGAAACACCAAAAUGAGAAUCAUACUAUAUUCCUCUCAUCAGCUUUUUAAAAUCAAACGAGAAAACAAUACAAGCUCAUGGCCGCUCCCCCAAAUCAUGAUAAACGGUGUAUACAUAGGAGGCUACCCUGAGCUCCAGUAUCUUGAAGACUCUGGAGACCUCACCAAAAUCCUUACAGGAAAAAGAUGCCCUCAUGUAUAUUUGCAUUUUCUCAAAGGAAACUUGCUAGGCACGCUAUCUUCAUAUACUUAUUGUCCAAUUUGCAAUCCUAAUAGCUCUUUAAUAAUCAGGAUUGACUCUAAUUAUUCAAACUCUGUAGAAGAUUUUCAAUUAAUCAGGACCCUUUUGAACUCUCACGUGACAUUUUCAGUUAUUGACAUAGACAAUCCAAAAGUUUCAAAGGUUACAGGGCAUUCUCUCCACGGGCAUACAAUUUCUAGAGAAGCUUUAAUCAGCCAUGCUGAAAACAAUUUAUUAAUAGGGAUGCUCAAUAAAGAAAUUUGCAUAAAAUGCUUGAAAAAGACAAUCCUCUGUGAAAUCUGCAGUGAGUGUAAAAAGGUAAUUUAA